UUCUGCGGAGCUGAGGCCGCCAUCUUCUGUAGCAGCGCCAUGCCGCGUGUGUACAUCGGGAGGCUGAGUUAUCACGUCCGGGAGAAGGACAUCCAGAGGUUUUUCGGAGGUUACGGAAAGCUACUGGAGGUGGAUCUGAAGAAUGGGUACGGUUUUGUGGAGUUUGAAGACUCACGUGACGCUGACGAUGCUGUGUAUGAGCUGAAUGGCAAAGACCUUUGCGGAGAGCGUGUGAUCGUAGAGCAUGCCCGGGGACCACGCCGGGACAGAGAUGGGUUCAACUUUGGAAGUCGCAGUGGCUACAGGAGCCAAAGAUCUGGCAGAGAUAAGUAUGGUCCGCCUGUACGUACAGAGUUCAGACUAAUUGUGGAAAACCUCUCUAGUCGCUGCAGCUGGCAGGACCUUAAGGAUUUCAUGAGGCAGGCAGGUGAGGUUACCUAUGCAGAUGCACACAAGGAGCAUACCAAUGAGGGUGUGAUUGAAUUUCGAUCCUAUUCUGAUAUGAAGAGAGCUCUUGACAAGCUAGAUGGCACAGAGAUAAAUGGCAGAAAAAUUCGCCUGGUUGAAAGCAAAACUCGCCACAGGAGGUCUUAUUCUGGAAGCAGGUCAAGGUCAAGAUCACGGAGCAGGAGGCGAUCUCGCAGCAGGAGCAGACAUAGCAGCCACAGCAGAUCCAGAAGCAGGUCUCGCUCACCAGCAAAGAAGAGUCGUUCCCGUUCACCAGCCAAAAGAAGUCGCUCUCAUUCCCCUGCUAAGAAAAGUCCGUCUCGGUCUCCUGUUAAGGAAAGCCGCUCUCGGUCUCCAAUAAAACGCAGCCGUUCACAUUCACCUGCUAAGAGUCAAUCAAGGUCCAAAUCUCGGUCCAGAAGUAAGGAAACCUCUCGAUCACCAUCAAAGCAGAGAAAGUCCCGUUCAAUAAGCAAACCUAAAUCGGAUCAUGGCUCUCGAUCUCGCAGCCGGUCCAAGGGAAAACGCAAGAGAUCUCGUAGUCAUUCUAGAGGUAAACGAGAACGCUCUAGCAGCCGUCCCAAAUCAAAACGUGGGAGGUCUAGCAGCCGCUCAAAGUCAAAGCGCGAUCGAUCCAGCAGUCGCUCCAAGAGCAAACGUGAGCGUUCCCGAAGUCGCUCCAAAGGAAAACGAGAGUCUAUGGGUAAAAGAGAUCAAUCCAGAGAACGAUCACGUAGUCCAUCAAAUGGAAAGAACAGAUCUCGUGAGCGAUCACGCAGCCAGUCUAGAGAAAGAUCAAGAGAGAGGUCUCAGGAAAGAUCUCGUAGUCUGUCAAAGGGAAAUAGAGAGGAUUCCAGAGAGAGAUCCAGAAGUCAGUCCAAGGGGGAACAUGACCGCUCUCGUAGUCGAUCAAGAAGCAAUAGGGAUCGUUCUAGGAGUCGAUCAAACACUAAACAGGAAAGAUCUUCCCAUAGUCGUUCCAGAUCCCCUUCCCCAAGGGAAAAUGGUAAAGGUGAUGCUAGAUCCCGGUCUAAAUCACCUGGCCCACCUUCUGCUGGUAAGGAAGGGUCAACUUCUCCACCUCCACGCGCUACCUCUGCCGCCAGCUCUAGGUCUCGUUCUAGCUCCCCAGAGUAGUCGUUGUUUUUGAAGUAGAUUUAUAUGCCGAGUGUCAGGACUGGUCCCCACAAUUUGAUUCCCAUAAAUCACUUUGUUAAAUGUUUCAGUACAGACGUGAUGUCAUGUUUUUCUGUCCUAUCCUGACAAGGGAAGGGUUUCAGCUAUGUAAAUAUUAAAAGGCAAUAAUUUUUUAUUUUUUUUGCAUGAAAAUUUCAAGAGCUGAAGUUAUGGCGCUGAAAGGUAUUUUCCCCUUUAGUUACUUAGUACGGUGCAUUACUAUAGUAGAUGCACAGUGCAUUACUAUAGUAGAUGCAUUCAAAUUACCAUGCCGGGUUCCAUGUACACCCCCUAAUGAAGUGCAUUGCAUUGUCUGUGUGCAAGAAAGUAUUUAAAACUUCAGUGGUUGAUGGGACUUUUAAUGGGGAUCCCAUUUCAGUUUAGCUGCUGACAUUGUAAAUAAAAGGUUUGUACUAUCUGUUAAGCGUUUUUUAAUUUUUCAUUUUUUAGGAUGUUCUGUAUGUUCAUUUUUGCAAAGCAAAUAAAGUUUUCUUCUGCUGUGCAACCUGGC